CAUUCCCCGCAGGGCCACGGCGGCACCACCACCCAAAGCAAAGGGGAGCCUAGCUGCGGAAGCGCGAAGGAGACGAAAGGGAGCGAAGGGAAGCGAAAGGACGGCACGGACCGAACCAUAGGAGCAAGGCGGAGAGGGCGCAGGCUCCUCCCCUUCGGCCUCGUACCGUCGAGGUCGCACGGCUCGGCUCUGUUCCGUCGGGUCUGAUCCGGCUAGGCGGCCAUGUCGAACAGGUCUGCUUGCAAGUUCUUUGUGCAUGGUGCUUGCUUUAAAGGAGAUUACUGCCAAUUCUCCCAUGACUGGAAUGAUCAAUCAAAUAAUGUUUGUGCAUUUUACCAGAAUGGUGUUUGCUCCUAUGGUAGCCAUUGCAGAUAUGAACAUGUUGAAGUUUCUUAUGAACACCCACCACCAACUGCAGCAGUUGCAGCAUCCAACUCUUAUCAGAUUCUCAGUUCUUCCGGAUGUCGUAUUUGCGAGGAGGACAGAAUUGUUGUGAGUAACCAAAUACAACAGACAUGCAAAUCUGCAUCAGCGCUCUCUGCACAUCAACCUGAUCGGAGAGAGGAUAACAACAGCGUGCCACCAAGACGAACUACGCAGGAUCAAGCAUCCCUCCCACCUGCUCAUUUGCCAAUGUGCUCUUCUGCUGCAGCUGGAACAUGUCCUUAUGGGGAAGAGUGCCCUCAAAUGCAUGGGAAUCUAUGCACAACCUGUGGAAAACAGUGCUUGCAUCCCUACCGUCCUAGUGAAAGUGGGGUUCAUAUCAAGCUCUGCAAGAGAAACAACAAAUGGCUGGAGACCUUGAAAAAAAGUGAAGAGAUAGAAUGUAGUGUGUGUUUGGACUGUGUGCUUUCAAAGUCAACAGCAGCAGAAAAGAGGUUUGGACUUCUACCUGAAUGUGACCAUGCCUUCUGUAUCACAUGCAUCAGGAAGUGGCGCAGCAGCUCUCUUACAUCUUCUAUGGAUAUCGACUCUACAGUCAAGGCUUGUCCAAUAUGCCGCAAGGUCUCAUACUAUGUCAUUCCUAGUUCUACAUGGUACUCCUCGAAAGAGGAAAAACAGGAAAUAAUUGAUGGUUACAAGGCCAAGCUCAAGUCUAUUGAUUGUAAGUACUUCGACUUUGGAAGGGACACUUGCCCCUUUGGUGGCCGUUGUUUUUACAAGCAUGCCUACAGCGAUGGGCGUUUGGAAGAGGUGGUACCAGUGGCACCGGCACUACCGCCACCCCGGCUUCAUUUUCAUGCUGACGAUGGAAGUAGAGAGCACGUAAGAAAUAUCGGAUUUGCAUACUUGCUCAGUCGGUUACAUCUGUAGGGAAGGCAUCAAUCCAUAUAUCUUAAAUUAAGAAGGAAGCAGUUCAAAAGAGGUACUUUGGAAAGCAUAAUUCCCCGCAGUUGAUACCUGUUACCAAUUUGUAAUGCAUAGGUAAUCCUCAGCUGCUAAAGCAGCGUGCCCUUGGAGUUUGAACUGGUCCUCCCUUGUGCACAACUUCUUGUGCAUUAACUUUAGUUUACUGCCUGAAAUCUCCAACAAGCUCCAAGGGCACUUGAAACCUGAUGAGUGAUGACAAAAAAAGAUGAUAUCGUUCACAAAGAUCAGCCCGGGUUCUUUGCCAUCAGCAACCAUGCCUAUGUAUGAAAGGCACAGGUACUCCUGCCGAACAACAGAACAUUAUCUGUUACCUUGCCUGUGUAUGAAAGGCACUGUAUAUACUGGUAUUCGCAUGUCUUUUCAUUUCUCGACCCUGUUCAUCCAUUCAGUAAAUAAUUUGUUCGAGCUAAAGAGGUAACGCAGAUUCUUUGACAUUUUGCAAA